CAAUUCCCUAUAGAUAGGCUAAAAUAGGCGAUUGAUUAUUGAUCACGUGACCAAUAAACGUUAUUUGGCAGUACAGACGAUUUUGUUGACAUUAGUUAUUUGCAGGGUUCCUGAUUGAAAUAAAAAUAUGGCUUUGAUUUCGGGUAUGAGUGAUGUACGGGUUAUAAUCACAGUAGUUGCCAUAGGAGGAUGCUUACUGACUCUCUACCCAAAGGUCUUCGCCCCAAUAGUCAUGAACUUGUUUGGAGGAAGAACAAAAGACAGAGGAGUCCAUAACAAUCAGCCAAAAAUGCCCCCAAGAGCUCAUCAUCCACGUGGCCCUGGAGGAGGAAAUGAAGGAAAUCCUCGUCCGACAGGGAUGCCACCUAAUAUGGAUGCAGAAAUUGAAAGACAUAUGAGGCAGGGACCACACCCUGGAAUGAGACAUGCAGCAGAAAUGAACAAACAACAGUCGAAGACUUCUAGUGGUCGGGGAGGAAUGAUGGGAAUGGUACUUCCUGUUUAUGCUGUGGGCAUCAUUGGUUACCUGAUAUAUACACUGGUCAAAGUCUUUAACAAGAAGAGUAAAGGGGAAUAUGACAAAAAGCCUGGGUAUGGGAGGGUGAAAAACAAAACCCCAAACACAUCUGAGGAGAGUUCUGUAGUGGAGGAGGCAUCAUUAAGUGAUCUGAAGGAGAGCAGUGCUAAACUGUCAGAGCUGGAGAAUCUAUUAGCUAAAGCAGAUGAUAAAAAUAUAAGUGCAGAUGAAAUGAGAGCUCUUCAAACAAGACUAGAAGAAACAGAGAAACAGAUGGCCAGGAUUCUGAAAGCCAUGCAGACAGUGUCCUCAAAAGUGACAGAUGUCAUUGAAUCCAAAGAAGAAAAUGUAGAUUCUGACGAUAAAGUAAAUAGUGACUCUGAGGAACGGUCCUCACAGCAAGGAGAAGAGAUUGAGGAGGAAUCUGAACACGCUGAGGACCAAAAAGAAAGUAAGACUCCAAAGGAGAAGGACAAAGAGGAAGAAGUGAUUCUUUUGGAUGGACAGAAGGACAAGGAUUCUGAAGAGGAAUCGGGGGUUCGCCAGAGAAAAGUCCAAGUUGAAGAGAAGGAUAAUUGAGGUUUUUUGGGGGUGUAAAUUUGGUGAUGUGCAAUUUUUUUUUUUUACAGAUAGUCUAUGUUUUGAAUAAUCAAUCAAUACAAUUAGA